AUGACCAUCAAUUUUUUCACACUUGAAUAUGACCCCAUCAAUAGCCAAAACAUCUUCACAAAUGGAGAUAUCAUCAAUGGAAGAAUCAUCGUAGAAGUCUCAAAAGAAACUCAAAUCCAGUCCCUAAUCUUCAUUGGAAAAGGCAGUGCAAGAGUUCGCUGGCAUGAACGUCAUGGGAAACGUUCUCGUUACUACUGGUCGGAUGAGAAAUAUUAUGAGAUUAAGCAAAAUGCCUUGAAACCUGGUAUUGAUUGUAUCAGCAAAGGAAGACAUGUGUUCCCGUUUUCCUUCAAGGUUCCCAAUAGUAAAAUGCCAUCAACUUUCAAGUCAUCGAUUGGUAGGAUUGUUCAUAAGCUUACAGCGGAGCUCAAACAGUCGAUGAAGCUGACAAAAACGGCGAAAGCCCACUUCACAUUUGUUUCCAAAGCAGAUAUGGAUAUAUAUGGACUAAUGGAUCCUCAGCAUGAUUCCACCGAUAAAACACUCAAGGUUUUUGGGUCUGGAACUAUUGCAAUGGAUGUUUACGCCAAUAAAAUGGGAUAUCAACCAGGUGAAGCUGUCCAUGUCAAAGUCGAAAUUCAUAACCAAUCGUCCCGUGAAGUGAAGCCCAAAUUUGAAUUGUACGAAAAGCAGAGUUUUUUUGCUCAAGGUCGCAGGAGACUUAGCACAUAUGAUAUUCUCAAGGAGAAAGUUGAAUCCGUUGAUGCCAAUGACAAAGGGAUAACAGUGGAGAAGGUGAUCACAAUCCCCAGGAAUCUGCCUCCCUCCAUUCUGAACUCCACCAUCAUCAAGCUGGAAUACAGGCUGAAGGUUGUUCUGGAUGUGAAAUAUGCAAUAGACCCAGUUGUCAAACUUCCAAUAGUUGUCCUACCUGCUUUUGAGAUUCCUCGAGGAAAAGAACCUCUGGCUCCUGCUGCUUAUGGAUUUCAGGAAUUUGGGAAUUCAUCCCAACAGACGUGGAGCCAAACACCCCAACCUUUUGGUCUCCCUCCACCAUAUGAAGAACAGCUAGGGUAUCCUACAUUUAGUAAUUCUGACAAGUAUGGAAGCUGCACGGGUGAGGGUCUUCAAGUCACAGUACAAAUAAACAACCGGUCAACGUUUGCAGUGAUGGUCAACUACAUAUUGCAGAGAGAGCAAAGUCGUAUUUGCCCCAACGGCAAGACUACGGGCGUAUUUCCUCUCCUUAAGAUGAAUGCCAAGCCUGUUCGCAGCCACAGCAAAGAGACUAUCACCAAAGUGAUCACCAUCCCGAGAGGAAUACCUCCCACCAUCUCAUUUGGGUCACCCAUCGGAAUUCUUUACAAGUUGAAGGUAAAUAAGUUUAGACAAUAG